UACUGUGUAAUAUGCUGCGUUAAUAGUGGCUCAUUUGACUCACGUAGCAGCAUGACACGAGUUUUGCAGCCUCAGAGAUCGUACGAGCGCGGUGAGGAGUGACAAGCUACAAAGCACAAUUGAAGACCGAGCACGAGUGUGCGUGCACAUACUCGCACGGAAGAGUGAGAUUGUUCAAGCGUGAGAUUGUACUCGCGUAGCGUACACGGCUGUGCAGAUUCCCGCUUACAGCCACGUUUCUUCCGUGUACUCGACAUAUUUGUAUCGCGACAUAUUCCUUUUUGCAGCCGCGUCAACGGUAACGGUAGGAAAGUGAUAACAUAUAUUUUUGAGGAUUAACGCUCCUGCGAGGAAGCGGCUAAUCAUCCGAGAUGGCCGGUGCGAUGUUGUUUGAGCGAGCUCAGGCAGUUUCGAUGACAAAUCGCAGCGAGGGUAUCUCGCUGUUAAACGAGAUUGUCUCGGACCCGAGUAUCGGUGUUGCCGAUGACGAUGAGGACAACAUCCGCGUCAAGGAGCAGGGUAUUCUGCAUCUGGGAGAGCUCUACAAGAAGGAGGGCAAGGCUAAGGAAUUGGCUGAGCUGAUUAAAGCUACUAGACCGUUUCUCAGUCUCAUUAGUAAAGCAAAGGCCGCCAAGCUUGUGCGAUCUUUAGUAGAUUUCUUCUUGGAUCUGGAAGCUGGUAUUGGUAUCGAGGUGCAAUUGUGUAAAGAAUGCAUAGAAUGGGCAAAGGAAGAACGCAGAACAUUUUUAAGGCAAUCAUUAGAAGCUCGCUUAAUAGCUCUCUACUUUGACACGGGAAUGUUUAGCGAAGCGCUGCUAUUGGGCUCUGCUCUUCUUAAAGAACUCAAAAAAUUGGAUGAUAAACAACUGUUAGUAGAAGUUCAAUUAUUAGAGAGCAAAACAUAUCACGCGUUGAGUAAUUUAGCAAAAGCUAGAGCUGCACUCACCAGUGCCAGAACAACUGCCAACGCAAUUUACUGUCCACCUAAAAUGCAAGCUGCUCUAGAUCUACAAUCAGGAAUAUUGCAUGCCGCAGAUGAACGAGACUUCAAGACUGCUUACUCUUAUUUUUACGAAGCAUUUGAAGGGUAUGACAGUGUUGAAAGUCCUAAAGCAUUAACGGCGCUCAAGUAUAUGUUACUGUCCAAAAUUAUGUUGCGUACGCCGGAAGACGUUCAGGCUAUCAUGUCAGGUAAACUAGCAGUGAAAUAUGCAGGACUAGAUUUAGAUGCGAUGCGUGCAGUAGCCGAAGCUAGCCACCGACGAUCACUAGCGGAUUUCCAGAAGGCAGUUAAACAAUACCGACAAGAAUUGGAAGACGAUGUGAUCGUGCGCGCACACCUUGGUUCUCUCUAUGAUGCUAUGUUGGAGCAAAAUUUAUGUCGUUUAGUUGAACCUUACUCACGAGUUCAGGUGAGUCAUAUUGCUUCGUGCAUAUCUCUACCGUUGGCGCAAGUAGAAAAGAAACUUUCGCAGAUGAUUCUGGAUAAAAAGCUGCGAGGAGUUCUCGACCAAGGAGAGGGUGUUUUAAUUGUUUUUGAAGAUACACCUCGUGACAAGACUUACGAAAUCGCAUUAGACACGAUACAUAGCAUGGGAAAAGUUGUUGAUACACUUUACCAGAAAGCCAAGAAACUCACCUAGCCCUAUUUAAUAUGUAUUUAUACAAGAAAAAAUCUAUCGCAAUUAUUAUAAUCAUUAAUAAUUAGUUACUCUCAAACACUAUCGAUGUGUUUUUCUCGUAAUUAACAUGGACGACGCGGAAGUGUCGCGACAAAAAGUGCUCAUUUACCGAUAAGUUCGUAUAGAAUUGCUUUUUUUAAUAGUAGAGAAAUUAUUUAAAAAAAAAAAAAA